AAGAUGCCACUUGAACUAGACGACAAUUUUUGUUAGGUAUCCACAAGGAAAUGUCUGUCAGGGGGAUUACUUUGUUUUUUCGAAAUUGUACAACUCUGAAGUUACUUCGUUAAUCCUUUAAGGUCAUAUUUUAAAUACACUAGCUUUAAUACCAUCGGAUAUAUGUGUAUAAUUGAGUUUAGUAGAAGUCAAUUUGGCCAAUGGGAAACGGAUUAUUCAGAGAAUCUUGCGGCUCUUGUAAUUAUUCCCUGCUGUACUGUUAGCUACUAGCUAGUGAUAACGCCUGAUAGUCAGUUAGCUAAAUCGUUGAAGAAAUUUGGGACCGUUGUGAUAGUAACUUGAGGGAGGCUUUUACAACAAGAUAACUUCUUUACUGGACGGAAUACGACGAAAGUACAAGGAUAUAACUACCGUUAAGUUGAAGUUGUUUCGAGCGAAAAUGAUUUUUUUUUACCAUCAGCUAACAUCUAGUAAAUUAGCUAGCUAGUUGACAGGGAUAUCCGUGAAAAUUGGGUAUGGUGUGAAAUAACUUGCUAACGUUACCUACUUUAGAUUUGUUUUAACCAUAUCAUUUAACAUACCAAGCUAACGAUGCGGGAUUCAACAGUGAAUUUCAGUGUUCUCCAUAGAACAUGCAAGUUGGUCGUCCUUCUAUGUUUUUUCCAUAUUUCGGUCACUUUCAUUUUUUACGUGAGGUCGUUAGAUUUUCGUUUUGCAUUUGCGAAGCACGACCAAACUGCAUCAAAGGACACCGCAACUGACGCGUUUGAAACGAACCACUUUUCUGUAGACAACGUGACUACAAUCACCAAAGAACUUGGAAAAUGUCCUGACACAUCGCCACUGCUUGUUGGCCCACUGCGAAUUGAGUUCUCCAACCCAGUCAGCCUGGACGUGGUAAGGAAGGAAAACCCCAAUCUUAAGAAUGGGGGGCGCUUCAAGCCCAAAGACUGCAUGGCCCUCCAGAAGGUGGCCAUCAUCAUCCCUUUCCGCAACCGCGACGAGCACCUCAAGUUCUGGCUCUACUACCUCCACCCCAUCCUUCAGCGCCAGCAGUUGGACUAUGGCGUCUAUGUCAUCAACCAGGACGGUGAUGAGGUCUUUAACCGCGCCAAGCUCCUCAACGUUGGCUACUCGGAGGCCCUGAUGGAGUACGACUACGGCUGCUUUGUGUUCAGUGACGUGGACCUCAUCCCCAUGGAUGACCGCAACACCUACAGGUGCUUCAGCCAGCCCAGGCACCUGUCUGUUUCCAUGGACAAGUUUGGCUUCAGAUUGCCGUACAACCAGUACUUUGGAGGCGUGUCGUCAAUGAGCAAGGAGCAAUUCCUCAAGAUCAACGGCUUCCCCAACAACUACUGGGGCUGGGGAGGGGAGGACGACGACAUUUUCAACAGGCUGAACUCCAAGGGGAUGACCAUCUCACGGCCCAGCGGAGCCGUGGGGAAAUGCAGGAUGAUCCGCCACAACCGGGACGGUGGGAACGAAGACAACCCACAGAGGUUCGACCGCAUCGCCCACACCAAGGAGACCAUGAACAAAGAUGGCAUAAAAACCCUGUCGUACAAAGUGGUGAAAGUGGAGAAGGAUCAAUUAUACACCAAAAUCACUGUGGACGUGGGGAAAAAAAUUACUCGUCAAACCAAUUAAAACCUGAACAGCCUUGACAACCAAUUUGCCACUGUGGUGGAUGCUGUAACCAAAUGUGCCUUGACACUAUAAAUAAUCUUAUGCCCUGGACUUUUUGGACCAUAGAGAAUGACUGAUCUAAUCAGCAAACGAACAUGUUCCCCAAUAUUCCCUUUAUUUUCGGCCUUUGCACAUCCGAUGGUGAAUUGAACUGGGAUUCCAGCGUUUCCAUCAUAGGAUCCUUAAAUCGUUGACGCCAGAAAUGAGAGUUGACAUUCCGUACAUUGACACACUGUCGGGGUCCUAUCAGGCUGAUAUGGCCCCCGCUCUCUCUGUCUGGAGACGGCUGCUGAGACCAAGUCCUUUGUGAGCCAUUUUGUCUUGAGGGGGAGGUUGUGAAAUGUCUUAAUUGAUUGUCCUAUGCAUCGGGAACUCUCAAAUAAUGCGUUUUGUCAUAUGCAUUUCUUUGCAAUACUGUGGAUGUUGUCGUUUGGGUUCAUGUUGGGGUCAUUUUAGUUUUCUGUCACUUCUGGGGAAUUUCUUGCUAAUCCUUUUUAAUACCUCUGCUGAGCAGGGUUUCAACCAAUCCAAUGCCAAGAGGUCAGGCCAAAGAUGGAACUCUGCAAUUCAGAGGUCAUUAAAAACAAAAUCACUUAGGUUUUGUUAAGACAACCAAUCUUAAAGGAUUUUUGUACUUUGAUGUUCCAUCAAGAUUUUGAACUUACCCCAAAGGGCCUAGAAUUCCCUCCAAAAAUAGUUGAAAAGGCCAAAUCCCAUGAUAUUUACAUUAGGCAUUCUAAUUCUCACUGCUAAGGGUCCUUAGUCUAUUGUUGAUAUAGUCCUAAAAUGUUUUGCAUGUCAGCAAUCAAGUUUUCAAGAUGUAUAACUUUCGAAAUACAGCCAGUAUGAUGCAUUUUGCGUCGUUUAGUUUUUAGGUGUGUUUUUGUUGAGUAUUUUGAACUAUGUGAAAAGCUCUCUUGAAAGUGUCUCUGCUGAUGCUCCCUUCCCUGUGAAGACCACCAUUCAAGGUAGCCUGUAAGGAGGCCUCUCCCUAGUUGGAAAAAGAGGCACCUGAAUGUAUUGCCUGGUGGUGUUGUGAUUGUGUGCCCUGAGGUAAAAUGAUACUGCGCUGUUGUCUAUCACGAUUGUCUGGUUUAGUGAUUUUUAUUUUUUAUUUUUUGUCUGAGAUGGGGGGGGGGGGGUUCUACGCUAAAAAUAAUCAUCUUGUAUUCAUUGUAUGUCUGAGAGGGUUAGAAAUCAUUUUUUAAUUUAUUUUUGGCCUCGAUGUAGUAACCAAACCACAGGACGUUGGUGGCACCUUAAUGAGGGAGGACAGGCUCGUUGUAAUUGCUGGAGCGCAAUGGAGGGAAUGGGAUCAAACACUUGAUUUCCAUGUGUUUGAUGCCAUUUCAUUUGCUCCGUUAUGGUUAUCAUGAGCCGUACUCCCCUCCGCAGCCUCAUGCCACCACGGGUCCUUAUCAUUCCUCAUAUACAUUGAAAACUACACAAGAUUGUGCGCUAUGAGGCAUGGCGUUGCACAUGUACAGUUAGUAACUCAAUCUUAUUGAGGAAAAAAGCCAUUGCGAUUUCUGACUGGACACUAGAUAUAACAGAGUUAUUGUCUGUCUAUACUUAGGCUUCCAUGUAUGCCAUUCCUCUUCUGACAGAAUUAAGAAGCAAUCAGCCCUUGAAGAAUCUGUAAAAUGACAGCCAUUUUUGCCUUACCCAAAUAAACUUGAAAAUAUCAAUUUAUUGGUCAACUUUGAAACAUUAGUAGGAGAUAUGGGUGUACAUUAACCGCUAAAGCUAAGUCAGUAAUUCCCUAGCUGUUCCCCAAAAGUGUUUCCCAAGAGGCUGAACUAUAGUUAGCCGUUUCCCAAGAGGCUGAACUAUAGUUAGCCGUUUCCCAAGAGGCUGAACUAUAGUUAGCCGUUUCCCAAGAGGCUGAACUAUAGUUAGCCGUUUCCCAAGAGGCUGAACUAUAGUUAGCCGUUUCCCAAGAGGCUGAACUAUAGUUAGCCGUUUCCCAAGAGGCUGAACUAUAGUUAGCCGUUUCCCAAGAGGCUGAACUAUAGGGUCUUUGGGCUCGGUCAAGAAAGCCACAUCACAGGCCGUUUCAACUAUGGUGAAACGUUGCAAAAAUAAAUCCUUCAUAUAGAAUGAGCACAAUGUACAUAGCAAAUAGAGGUUUGUGUCAGCUCUAUGCAACACAUUUAUAUACUCAAAAUGGGGAGCGUUUGCCACAUUGAAUAAGCCUAAGGAAAGGCCUAGUCACCACAUACCUCCUCACUCUGUCUGGUUGCUAUGUACAGACACUUGAAGACAUGGGAGUAGUCCCAUGAUGUGCAGUCUUGCUCUUUAAGCCUGGCAUGCAGGGCUGCAUAAUGUGCAAUGCAUAGCAUUAUAUACUUCUCUCAAUCCACCUAAAGAUUCAUUUUCAAGGUUGAAAACCAGUGUCUUUUAUAGGUUGGCUGAAGCCAGGUUUGUUUCUCCCAAAGACAAUGGCCUUUGUUGAGAAAGCCAGCAAUAUGUAUGCCACGUGUGAAUUAAGUUUGUGUUACAAUAGUUAGCUGACUAAUCUGUAAGGCUUCUAUCUUUUUACUUUUCAUGUUUUCCAUUAUGAUUCAAUGUGUGCAUCUAUGCUUGUGAUUUCUACAAAUGCAUGUCUUUGUAUGACUUUUGCUGGUUUAACAAUUUCAUUCAAAAAUACAUUUCCUGGUUUGUGAGAAUGUUGGUGAAGAUGAAUCAACUCAUGUUUAGGUUAUUAAAAUCUGUGAUUUAA